AUGACGUUAAGUCCGGGUAGAGUCUUGGGCGAGUUGAACUCUGUGAGAUCGGUUGUGACAUCACGACCACCAGAAACCUACCAACAGCCAGAGGGGAACAAGCAGGCAGGUAAGCAUAACAAGGUGAGUACCGGUAGGGUAUCACAAGUUCGUGCUGAGUCUUGCAAACCUCCUGUUGCAGAAUCUCCAACCGAGUCAUGGGACCCAGAGAUUGAGUUGGAUGAAAGUGUGUUGACUCAGGAUCAAGUUUCACAAAUUCGAUCCAUGCUGCGAGAAGAAUGUACGGCAUUCUCGAUAAAUGAUGAUGAGAUUGGCUGCAUCCCGGAGCUGCAGCUUGAUAUCGAACUACUAGACAAGACGCCUGUGAAGAAAACGUACAAUUCGCUACCACCACCCCUAUAUGAUGAAGUCAAAGAUUACAUCUUAGACUUAUUGAACAAGGGUUGGAUACAAAAGAGUACUUCAGCGUACUCUAGUCCUAUGGUAUGUGUACGCAAGCGAGAUCGAAGCCUGAGGCUGUGUUUGGAUUACCGUCUGUUGAACCAGAAGUGUAAUCAUAGUCGUAGGCCGAUCCCCAGACUUCAGAACACAUUGGACAAUUUAAAAGGGAACUCCUUAGACCAGGCCGUCGCGCGAAGGUCAUUUAUGAUCUCCUCGCCAACCCUGGAGGAAAAGGGAAACAAGAGUGGAGAGGCAAAGGCCCGUCGAUCGAAGUUCAAGGAGAAACUGUCCAAUGGUCAAAUGAUGUCCCGUCUCAAGUUUGAGUGGACAGAAGCCCACCAGCGGGUACUAGAGGAAUUGGUUGAUGUCCUGGCAAGCCCAACAGUGAUGGCGUUUCCUGAUUUCAGUAAACCAUUUGUGCUCCACACAGACGCCUCGCAGGAUGGCUUAGCAGGUAUUUUGUACCAACGCCAAGACUCUGGUAAAAUGGCAGUGAUCGGGUUUGGCUCAAGAACACUCACACCGGCAGAGAAAAACUACCAUUUGCACUGCCUGUGGGAUCUGAGGGACAAAAACUGUGUUCCUUAUCUAGACGACAUUUUGGUCUACUCUGGCAGUUUUGAGGAUCACUUAGACCAUGUCCGCGCAGUUCUGAGACGUCUCCGGUCGAAAGCCGUCGCGCGAAGGUCAUUUAUGAUCUCCUCGCCAACCCUGGAGGAAAAGGGAAACAAGAGUGGAGAGGCAAAGGCCCGUCGAUCGAAGUUCAAGGAGAAACUGUCCAAUGGUCAAAUGAUGUCCCGUCUCAAGUUUGAGUGGACAGAAGCCCACCAGCGGGUACUAGAGGAAUUGGUUGAUGUCCUGGCAAGCCCAACAGUGAUGGCGUUUCCUGAUUUCAGUAAACCAUUUGUGCUCCACACAGACGCCUCGCAGGAUGGCUUAGCAGGUAUUUUGUACCAACGCCAAGACUCUGGUAAAAUGGCAGUGAUCGGGUUUGGCUCAAGAACACUCACACCGGCAGAGAAAAACUACCAUUUGCACUCUGGCAAAUUAGAGUUUCUGGCUCUAAAAUGGGCUGUUACUGAACGGUUUCAUGAUUACUUGUACUAUGCUCCAUAUUUCGACAUAUUUACAGAUAACAACCCACUGACGUACGUGUUGACGAUAGCUAAGCUCGAUGCCACCCGGCAGUGCAGGGUAGCGAACUUAGCAGACUACAACUUCAAAAUCCACUACAAACUGGGCCGACUGAAUACGGAUGCUGAUGUUCUGUCCAGGGUGCCUCUCCCAGUGGAACGGUAUAUGGCUGACUGCUGA